AUUUGCUCUCUUCGACCGCGCGGGGGCGCCACUCGCCACAGAAGCAGCAGCACCACCACCACCACCACCAGCAGCAACAGCAGCAGCAGUCGCCAAAAAGGACAUUUGCUUGCUCCACCACACUACUGGGGUUCGGCUUUCGAGUUUGUCGCUUCUCGGUUUCUGUUUCUGUUUCGGUUUCGGACUCGUUUCGCUUCCAGCCCCGAGAUUCCGAUUCGAUUCCCGAUUCCGAUUUCGAUUCAUCAGUCUAUAGUUUCAGUCGGCGAGCCAAAAAGCAGCCUGCCAGUCGAGAGCGCCUUUCCCAGAACUCGCUGCCUGAGUUCCAUCCUGAGCCUGAGAGUCCAGGAAGCCCGCAAAGAUUUGCCGGUCGUUGCCACUUAAAGUCUAACGGUGUCGCAGUGCGUUUUUAUUACCGCCGCCCCCGCAACAUAAAUACACACAUUCAUACACAUUCGUAUGUAUGUAUUCGCGCACACGGACACGCAGUGGUGUGCGUGCGGGGGGCGGGGGCAUGCGUGCGAGUGUGGUUGUGUGUGUGUGUGGGCUGAGCGGUCGCGCGUGUUUAAUUAAUCAUAAAAUCUACGUCGGAAACCGCGCAACUUAAAAGUAACUCGCCAGAAACCCAAAAAACAACAACAACAGCCAAGCCAAAAAAUUGAAAACAAACAAAUAAUAAUACAAAAGAAAGAGAAGGAGCGUGUGCGGGAGGGGGAUGGCGAGAGGGGGGCUAGUGUGCAAUAAACUCGAUUUCGGAAUAAACUCAAUCCUGUGCGAAAACUAACGCUCUGCUUUGCCGUCGGUAUCUGUGAGAUAAUUUACGCCAGCCAAAAGAUGGUAACUAAAGGAUAGCCAAAAUCAGGAGGAAAAACAGCAAGAAGCGCCGAGAAUCAAGGUGCAGUCCAUGAUCAGACUUCAGCGGCAAUUGGGAUCAGGAGGUGAGCGCUUCCGAUCGAGAGGAUAAUGUGUUCAAUAUUUCGCAACCGCAUCAAUUACCGUGGAACUGGUGGCACCAGGAGCGGCAGCGGGGAGCGGGAGAGGGACCGGGAUCGGGACAGGGAUCGAGAUCGAGAUCGCGAUCGGGACAGGGAUAGAGACACCCUGCUGGCCAAGGAACUGGACGCGGAUAGCAAUAACAAUGGUACCGAGCCGCAAAUGGACACGGAAGCGGUGCCGGAAUCCGAUACGGAAAGAGAAAUGGCCGAGGAGCGCGGCGAGGAUCAGGAGCCGGAGAAUAGCAAUGAGGCACUGGAUCUCUCGCUGAUCUCGUCCGGCGGUCGGGAAUCACUGCCGGGCAGUGGUCACGUGUCGCUGGAGGCUCUACAACAUACCAAAGUGGCGGUGGCCCAGUUUGCGGCCACUGCGAUGGCGGGUAACCACCAGUCCGCCGAUCUGGCCAUGGUGCAGUCCACCAUCUUUAAUGUGCAGCGGCAGCAUCUGAUGCAGCUACAGCUCAUCCAACACCUGCAGAGUCAAUUGAAAAGGGCCGAGGCAGCCGCCUUGGGCAGGCCAUCUCACAGCGAUGAGGAGGAGGAGGAGCAGGAGCCAGAGCCAGAGCCCGAGCCCAAAAAGCAGCCCACCAAUGGACUGAAGGAGGAGGUGGAGCUGGAGCAGGGUCCGGAGUCAGAGCAGGAUCAGGAUCGGGAGCAGGAGCUGCGGCGGGAGGAGAAUAUAAAGACUGACAAGAGGGGAACUGAGGAGAGAAAGGCAGAGUCAGAGGGUUACCAAUCCAUGAUGUGCGACAUAAGCUCGAGCCUGGCAUCGAGCAUCAUCACCAACCACGAUCCCCCGCCGGCUCCCAACGAGCCCAACUGCCUAGAGAUGUUGCAACGGAGAACGGAGGAGGUCCUCGACUCCGCAUCCCAGAGCUUACACGCUGCUCAGAUGCAAGAGGAGUACUCGGAGUAUGCCUCCAAGGAGGCACAAAGUCGCGGUGAGAUCUUCAAGCAUCGCUGCAAGUACUGCGGCAAGAUCUUUGGCAGCUACUCGGCCCUGCAGAUACAUCUGAGAUCACACACUGGUGAACGUCCAUUCGUUUGCAAUGUUUGCGGAAGUAAAUUCACCACGAAAGGCAAUCUGAAGGUGCACUACCAGCGGCAUACGCAGAUCUUUCCGCCAAUGCUGCUGCCACCAGGAGUGGCGCCCAACGUGGGGCAUUCGGGUCAGGGGCAAGUCCAGGGCGAGCAGUAUCCCAUUCGCCUGCCUUUUGCGCCACCAGUGACACCUGGGGGUCAAGAGUCGGUUCAGAAUCAAGUGGAGGAGCCGGAGGAGAUCAGGCAGGAGAUUCCACUGGCGCAGGCAGAAGAUCUCAGCAAGCCAAUGGCGAAGGAGAAGGCCCACUCACCCGUGGAGCGUGUCAAGACACCCAAAGAAGUGAAGACAGAUGCACCAGUGCCGUCAUCAGAGAAGCCUGAAAAGGAGCUCUCCAAGCCGGUGGUGACCUCGUCACGGCGAAAUGGAUCUGUGCGGAAGCGACAGACAAGUGCGGUAAGUCCGCCGCAAGAGGAUAGGGAACGCGAUCUUGUCGAGCACCUGCACAUAGCCAAGCUGGUGAGACGCUCCUCCGCCAGCAGAGAAUCACAGCCGGCGGAGUACUCUCUGGCGCAAAUGGAGCGCAUCAUCGACAAGUCGUGGGAGGAUCUGAUUGAGAUCGACAAGACGUCGGAGACCUCGAAGCUGCAGCAGUUGGUGGACAACAUCGAGAACAAGCUGACUGAUCCCAACCAGUGCAUCUUCUGCCAGAAGGUCAUGUCCUGUCGCAGCUCCCUGCAAAUGCAUAUUCGCACCCACACCGGCGAGCGUCCGUUCCGUUGCAAGAUCUGCGGCAGGGCUUUCGCCACAAAGGGCAAUCUGAAGGCCCACAUGAGCAUACACAAGAUCAAGCCGCCGAUGAGGAGUCAGUUCAAGUGUCCGGUGUGCCACCAGAAGUUCUCCAACGGCAUCAUCCUGCAGCAGCACAUUCGCAUCCACACCAUGGACGAUGGCAGCGGCGGGCAGGGAGCUCCUGCCACCAAUCCCGGCGAGGCAGAACGUUUGGGCAUCGAAGAUCAAAACUCGAACAAGUCGCUGGGCACUUCGGAUACUUUGGACUUCUCCACCACCAUAUCGGAUCACUCGGGUCAGAGAUCCGAGUCCUCACAGGGCGGAGACUUUGAUGAGUUUAUGACCAUGGACAGCACCGAUGAUUCCAGGGAUAACUCCAGUGCAGCCACGGCCACGCCUCAUCCCCUGGAAAGGGAGCGGGAUAGGGAGAAGGAGCGGGAACGGGAGCGGGAUCGGGAAAGAAGAAUUCCCAACGAUGGCUCCGAUGAGAGAUCCCACUCAAAUCCAGAUCUAACUGGCGGGCGCAGCGAGAGUGGGGAAAUGCCCGCCAUGGAUCUCUCUUCACCCUCCUCGAGCUCGGGUCGCAUCUUCGCCACUGGACUGGCCAACGGAGCUGCUGGCGGAGGAUCUGGAAAUGGGGGUCUGCCCAUGCUCGGAAUGCCCAUGCCUCCCAAUCUUCUGCUCAUGGCAGCUGCUCGCGAGGAAAUGCACGCACUAGGUCACGCGCACGCCAAAUUUCCCCUGCUGCCCUUUGGUCCACUUGGAUUUAUGGGUCUGCACCCGCCCCCCAAUGUGUGCAAUCUCUGCUUCAAGAUGCUGCCCAGCUUGGCCGCCUUGGAGAGCCAUUUGCAGAGCGAACAUGCCAAAGAACCCGCGACGGGCCACGCCCACCGCCCACAGUGCAGCGAUGCUGGAGGAUCGCCGUAUGGAGCAAAGCUCACUCUCAAUCCAAAUCUGUUCGCAAAGAAGCCGCCUUCGUCGUCGUCCUCGUCGUCGGGUGACAAGUUGCCGGAGGCAUCCAAUCCGCCCUUUCCCGCUGAAAAUCCCCCAGCAACGCCCAUCAAAGAAGAUCCCGACCAGGAGCAGUUGCUGGUGGAGGAGGGUGCUUCGGCUGGAGAAGGAUCUGGCGCCGCAGCGGCCUCCAAUUAUCACCAGGAGACCGGUGAUGCGGAGCAGUCCCUGAUGAAGAUGCAGCUGCAUGCCCAUCGUUUUCCGGCCAGUCCCCUCGACUUUCAGCAGGCUCUGAUGUCCGCAGGACCUCCGACCUCCAGCUUGGAUCCUCCGGUAAACAACAAGCACUUUUGCCACGUCUGCCGGAGGAACUUCAGUUCCAGUUCCGCUCUCCAGAUCCACAUGCGCACCCACACCGGUGAUAAGCCCUUCCAGUGCAAUGUGUGCCAGAAGGCCUUCACCACCAAGGGCAAUCUCAAGGUCCAUAUGGGCACUCACAUGUGGACGAAUCCGACUUCGCGGCGUGGUCGUCGAAUGUCCUUGGAGCUACCCAUGCGACCUGGUCCGAACUCGGGCCAAGCUCAUCCUGGAUCCAGUGCAGAGCAGGAGUUCAUGCAGAGACGGCCGGAGCUCUUUUUUCCCUACCUGCCGCCCUUCUUCAACGGAUUGCCCCCAAAGCCUGGGGAACUCAGUCCCGGCGCCUUUCCCAAUAUUCCCCCGCCUCCCUUCGCCAACGGCGGAAAGUAUCCCUAUCCGCCCGGACUCCUCGGCUUCCCAGGCUUCCUGGCCCAGCAUCCCUACGGCCUGGAGCGGAGGAGCAGCAGCAAGUCACCCACGCCGGAGCCGGCUCAGAGCCCUGCCCUGCGGGAGGAGGAGGGGUCCGGCAAUAUCUGGCAUCCACUGAGCCGCAUCAAGGUGGAGAGCAAUCAAAGCGAGUCCAUGGGCGGCUUCAACGAGCAGGAGGAUCAGGCUGAGGCGGAGGCCACUGGCGGGGACAACGAGGAAUCAGAGUCCAGAGAUGCGGAGAAGUAACGUGGAGGAGCAGGAGAAGGAGGAACAGGAAGAGCAGCAGGAGCAGGAGGAGCAGGAAGAGCAGGAGGAGCAGGAGGAGGAGGAGGAGCUGAUGAGAUCUUAGUCUUGGAACACACAUGGUUUUUGUGGAGUACAUAUCUUGAGCAUUACCCUACGCUAAGCUUCAACUAGCACUGACACAAACUCAAACACCACCCACACACUUAUACGAAUAUAUCCUUUGUGUCUAUACAUAUAUAUACAUAUAUAUAUAUAUACAUAGUACGGUUAAUUGAUAGCGAUCUUCAAGGCAUUUAAAUGCAUUAAGUUUAGCCGGUAAGUUGUAAAAAUAGCGGAUCGAGGAACGAACUUGGCUGGAGAAAUCUCUUCAACCGGAUCAGGCAGGCUGCGAGGUCGGAACUUAACUAAUUUUAUGGCUAUACCUAGAUAUAUUUAAAUACAUAUACCGAUAAAUACACGUACACGUAAUGUAAACUGUGGUAGUUGCAUAUAAAAAAUUGAAAUCGAAACCCCGAAAAAAAAACACCGCGACAAAAAUGAUCAAAAAUAAAGCCGGCAUGCGAAAUUGCAAAGAAAA